CUUUGGUGACACUUAGUUCCUUGUUCUUUGGCGACACUGAGGUGACCUUGGGCCUCGGAUCAUUCAGCUCAGAUCUAGUGGAGGACAAUAAAAGUCAAGGCCGAGAGGUCCAGCUAGUACAUCCUCAUCAUCUGAACAUGUCUGCACCCACGCUCUUCCCCAACUCAACGACAGCUGUCGAUGGAGUCUGCCCCCCAAAUGCCACGCUGUGCAGCGGUACCUCCUGCCUGGUGUUGGCCAGCAAUUUCAACUACAUACUGGGUGUGUCUAUGAGCACAGUCAUGGCGGUCAUGCUGGGACUGGUCAUGUUCGCCAUGGGCUGCAACGUGGAGGUCAUGAAGCUAUGGGGACACAUCAGGCGACCCUGGGGCAUUUCAGUGGGCUUCCUCUGCCAGUUCGGCAUUAUGCCCUUCACAGCCUUCGCCCUGUCGAUGGCCUUCAACGUGCUGCCAGUGCAGGCUGUGGUCGUCAUCAUCAUGGGCUGCUGUCCAGGUGGUUCUUAUUCCAACAUCUUAGCCUACUGGCUGGACGGUGACAUGGACCUCAGUAUCAGCAUGACAACCUGCUCCACCAUGCUGGCCAUGGGCAUGAUGCCCCUGUGUCUGUUCAUCUACACCUCUGCAUGGACCUCCAGUAGCAGCAUCCAGAUCCCCUACGACAGCAUAGGAAUCACCUUGGCCUCAAUCCUGAUCCCAGUUACUUUUGGGAUGUACAUCAAGUACCGAUGGCCCAAGACGGCCAAGAAGGUCCUCAAGGUGGGAUCCAUCAUGGGCUUCCUCCUCAUCAUCCUCAUUGCAGUGGUGGGUGGCAUCUUGUAUCAGUCUUCCUGGGACAUUGCUCCUUCCAUGUGGAUCAUUGGUGUCAUGUACCCAAUUCUGGGCUCUGCACUGGGCUUCCUGCUAGCGUGGAUGGUUGGCCAACCCUGGGCCAGGUGUCGCACCAUCGCCCUGGAGACGGGCAUCCAGAACGCCCAGCUGUGCAGCACCAUUGUGCAACUGUCCUUCAGCCCAGAGGACCUGGAGCUCAUGUUUUCAUUCCCACUCAUCUACAGCAUAUUCCAGGUUUUCUAUUCAAUGGCAGCAGUUGGAGGUUACCAGGUGUAUAAGCGCCGUUGUCAGCGCAGUGCCAUCAGGACGUCAACCCCAGAGGACAAAGAGGUGCACGCUGUGGAGAACGGAGGCUUCCGGGGCGACGAGAACGGCAACAACGUCGGUGACAAGGUCACCCGGAUGUGAACGUUCGAAUAAAAGCGGCGAUGGACCGGCAAUUUGGCCUGAGCACCACAGCAAAUCCACCCUCGCACCCACCGA